AUGCUCGCCGUCUCAAGAAUCGAUGUUAUAUUCGACAAGAGCCUGGUGAGAAGUCCGAAUCUCACGGGCGAUGCGCCCCGAGAAAAAAUAGCGAUGAUGCACGAAAAUUGCACCGAGUGUUUUCACUUCACGGAAAGGUCGACGAUGCGAAUAUGGGGUUGCCCCGUGAAAUCGGACACCGACUACGCGCGGGAAGAAUUUUCAAAACUAUUAAUUAUUGUUAACAGUGAACGUGGAUUGGUAGCCGUUGGUUCGAUCGUUCAAAAAGAUAAGAUUGUGGUCGUAGCGUUAGUAAGGUUGCUUUUAAAAGGAUUCCUGGCUCCUUUAUUCCCAGGGCUCCUCAUGGUAUUGGACGUCAUCGAGGAAAAAACUUUAGCCAGUAGCGCGGACGUGAAAUGGGGUUACCCCGACGUGUAUGCCCACUUUCCCCUAAUCCUGUUCGCACCGACGUAGCUUGGCGCUUUCGACAUUAUCCUUGGCCUAAACUUCAAAUUGCCAUCCGAGCUGGUGCAGUUUUCUUCUCGACAUAAACCUCUGGCUCUUUGUCGUGCCUCGUGCAUUCGUGACAUUUUCCUAAUGAUACUGAUAGCCAAGCAGUCGGGCCCUUACGUCGUCCACUGGUUUAUCUUUGCCUCCGACCUGACGAUCGGCUUCUCUGGCUUCUUCGCCCGUAGACGCUCGAUCGUGAUACUCUUCUGCGCGGCUUUUUACCUCAUGAACUGCCGACAUCUCAGUACAGGGAUGUUCCCGUACGUUUGCCUCGCCGCAAUGCCGCUCUUUUGUCGCCCCGACUGGCCCCGGAAGCUCCUCGUCGUCGUCUUCGUCGUCGUCGUCGUCGUCGUCGUCGAUAUCGUUGGGAUCCUCCACGUCAUCCACGUUAUUCUCAAACUUCUCUCGUCUUACUCGCACUUCGUCACGAAGGGAUAUAAUAACUGGUUGCAUGGCCUUUAUGGCUAUUCUUGGGACAUGAUGGUAGGUGCAUGGGAUACCGCACUCGUUGUAAUCAAUAUGCGAGACAAUGAGAGUCGAAAGGAUUAUUUUUUGGAUCCGGGAGCUUGGAUGCUAAAUGAUAGGUGAGCAAAAUACAAAAAUGUACGACAAUACGCACACUGUAUUAAGGCGUUACUGCGUUACAUCUACGUUAAUGAUACAUCUACGGCCGAGUUCGAUCGAACCCAGCAGCGCGUGUUCUCCUAUUCUAGUCACACGGACGUCCUCUUCGUGGCUGACUACCCGGGUCUGCGGCUCGAGAAUUACAUCGACAGAGACCUCGUGAGCGUCUUCCUGAGCGUGCUCGAGGGCGAGGUCGCGUACAGCCGAAGAAAUGAGGACGCGGAGGAAGGAUGCGAACGGACAAUAGGGAAAGGCGGCUCCGUGCGGAUAGAGACCGGAAGAUUCCACAAAGUCGAAACCACGAGUCCGCAUCCGGUCUGCUACGUGUAUACGUUCGCGAAUCGAACAAAGCGGCAACUGACCGCGCGCGAGUAAUUUUCCUUCU